ACAAGGCACUUUCUUGCUUUCAAGAAAGUAAGGGAAACGAUAGGAUCGACGCAAAGCGACGAAGAAAAAAGAAGACUGAGAGUGAAUGAGAAUGGCGAUGGGGGUUGCCACACCAAUUCCGGCACCGACGGCCGCGACAUCAGCGCCGGAAAGCAAUGUAGUCGCGCCGGAAAGCAAGCGUCCAAAUACCAAGAAGACGUUGUUCUUCUUCGUUAAUCUCUCCAAGUGGAGCAGCGAGGUUUACAGAAUGGGUUGUCUCCAACCCUAAACCUAGUAAGAUGUCAGAAGAAGGCUGAGUUAGUCGGUAUGUGCUCCAAUGAAAAACUGUGCAAGGUAUCAAAGAAGAAGGAAGACAUUGAUUCUCUUGGUUGGUUCUGUAUCUUGUUGAUUCUUUUUGGGAGAUGAUCAGGGAUCAAUAUUCUCCAAGGCAACCGAUUGCUCGACACCGUCUGUUCGUUUCUACGAGCCGUAUUUGUCGAAAUCCCAUUCGCCAAUUCGCGUAGAAGAGUCUUUGACGAUGUUUCGAGAGCAUUUUUGUUGCAGAGACACAUUCAGCAGCGCAACGAGAUAUCACAACGGUGGUUACAAUCGCUGAGAUUUUCAAGAACAACGGACUCGCUACAGAGAAAAGUGAGAAAAAAACUCCCAUCUGUGCCGACAUUUUAGGUCGGAAACUCGACUUUCUGCUCUUGUUUCGGCUUUGCCAAAAAAAAGAAAAAAAAAAGCAGAAGUUGUGACAUCCAUGGCAGGGAUGAAAGAUGAGAACGAAGGGCGAAUAGUUCAGAAGGCAAAGGUGAAUCUUUUUUUUUUCCUGUCACAUCUUGAUUUUAUCUAUUUGUCUUCGUUAAAAUUUUGCCUGUCACUUGUAGAUCGAGAUUGUGUUGGGGAAAUCAAGAAUUCCAGACAAAUAAUUCCGACAUUAGGAACUAGCCACAGUCAGAUCAUUACAAAAAUCAAAACCCGAAUCGUCGUUUCAGAGUUUUGCUAUGCUUUCUGUAUGUUUCAUGGGUUUAGAGAACAAGAUUGUUGGGGUUUAUUGAAGAGUUGGAGUUCGGAAUUAGUAGUAAUUCCCGUAAUGAUCUUCUAUCAGCAUGUUUGAUUUUCUGUCUUGUUUCAUUGAGUUUGAGAGUGUGGGAUUCGGUUAAACCUGGAUCCAAACAAACUCAUCAAGAAGUGGAGGCGAAGAGUCAACUUGAAUGUGUUUUUUAGGAAAUUUUAUACGCAGGAAAGAAGGAGGCAAAACCCCAAAAAGCCUAAGAGACAAGAGAUCAAACAAAAGGCGUUGACGGUGUGGUAUCAUCCCCGACGACGUCAACGCUGACGCGGAAGACAAGAUUUGUUAGAACACAAGACCAGAGCCCUUCGAUUUGAAACUGCGGAACUUAAGCUGUAUCUAAACCUUUUAGUUUAAUCUGCAAUUAUUCACAUCGUUCAUGGACUGGACAUUGUUUGAAGCGGCCGAGGAAGGGAAAACUGAUGUCUUUAACCAACCCAAGUUUUCUCCGACACAGUUUGAUAAGGUAACACCUCAAAACAACAAUGUUCUUCACGUUGCUGCCAAGUAUGACAGGAAGGAUUUCACCGAGGCCGUACUCAGACUUUGCCCAUCUCUCCUACUGGGAACAAACACAAAAGGCGAUACUCCACUCCAUGUAGCUGCUACUGUAGGUUCCUUCCAAGUUUCAAGAUCGAUGGUCAGUUCAGGCAACCAGGUAACUUCAGAUGUCGAGAACUUGACGAUGGACACACAGAAGCAGUUACUGAGGUCGAAAAAUAAGCGGGGGGAGACUGCAUUGCACGUUGCAUUGAAGAAUGGUCACAUCGAUGUGGCAAAAUUCCUGGUGGAAGAAGAUUCUCAUUUAUUGGAUAUGACCGACAAUGACAAUGUAACGCCUUUGUUCUUGGCUAUGGAAAGAGGGUUUUCUUCUCUUGUGGAUCAUAUCUUGGAAACAUCUCCUUCUGCUUCAGCAGUUGGACCAAAGGGUAUGAACGCUCUGCACGCUGCUGUCAGUUCCGACAUUGAUCCCGGUUUCACAAGAAAAAUGGUUGAGAGAAGACCAGAGAUGAUCAAAGAAGCAGAUGCAAUAGGAUGGACCCCUCUUCACUAUUCAGCGUGGCUCGGCAAGAUUGAGAUUACACGAAUCUUUCUGCAACACGACACGACGGCUGCUUAUGCGCCUGACAAAGACGGGCAAUGCCCUCUUCAUCUGGCUGCAUCCGCUGGUCACGUCGACGUCUUUAAAGAGCUCGUCCAUCACUGUCCUUACGUCUGGGAAAUACUUGACGGUAAGGACAGGACAGCUCUCCACUCGGCCGUCAUAUCGGGAAGACGAGGUAUUGUGGACUGUGUUCUGGAGAAACCGGAGCUUCUGUUUCUUUUGAACGAAUGUGACGGAGAAGGGAAUACACCUCUUCAUCUGGCGGUUAUCCACAAGCACCAUGCCUUAAUCUUGCUUCUUUCGCGCAACAAGCAAGUGGAUAAGCAUGCUAUGAAUAACAAUUCCUCGACUGCCAUUGAUCUCUUUUAUUCCGAGACCAAAGAGUUUGGUUUCAAGGCAGCAAUGGCAUACUACUCAUUGAGGAAAUACUUCAGAGUGAAAUUACCAUCAGAAGAUCGAGAAAACGAAGAAAAUACUAGAGAGAGCAGGAGAAGAGAUGAAGGGAGGGAUGGCGCAAUGUACGAGGUCCACCUAAUAGUUGCGGUUCUCGUUGCAACGGUGACAUUCGCCGCAGCAUUUCAAUUGCCCGGUGGCUAUGAAACCGACGGACCCGAGAAAGGUACGCCUGUAUUGUUGGGUAAACCGGCUUUCAAAUGUUUCUUGGUGUUCGACACUAUCGCAUUCUGCUUCUCGGUCGCCGUUGUGUAUUUUCUAUAUUACGCCUCUAGAGACGGGUUCCGUGGCCGUUCCGCUUUCCUUUACACCGCGGCUGUGCUGAUGAUCGUGUCAUUGCUCGCAAUGGCAUCGGCCUUUGUGUCGGGAGUGUACCUUAUGUCGGUAAAAUCCAGAGGAAUAGCUGUUGUUCCAUUUCUGGUGGUCGGGUUCUUCGUCUUGCACGCUUUCGUCUACUGGUUCGUUGAUCCUCGUGGCACUUAUGUCCAUGGGCUCGAAUGCACCAGGCAGCAUUUCAGGUAUUUCUUCUUCAAGAACCCGCUGUUCCACAGUUUCGUAUACAAAUAAAUUGCCCUGUACAUAGUCGUGAUUGUUGUUAUUGCACUUACUAUUGGCCAGAAAGUUCACUGAUUGAUCGCUGUAACUGUGAAAAGCUAUUAAUGUUUUCAGCUGUAAUGGGAACAGUGUAUCGUAUGUAUGAUA